UGACAAUAAUUUGACAAAGGAAAUGUGUGAAGAAAAAGAUUAUACAUCACUUGAACUUCAAAGGGAAUUUUCCCAGGAAACAGACUUCUCAGAAGCCUAUAUUCUAGAGAAACAACAAGAAAUCUACUCAGUAGGAAAUGUGAAGAAGGAAAAGAGCAGUGUCAUUCAUGGAACGGUGAAAGAUGAUGCAAGCCCCAUGGAGGAUUGUUUCUUAACUCAAAGUCCAAACUUCUAUCAGCGUCAUACCAUCUCCACUGGAGAGCAGCCCCCUGAGUGUACGGAACUGGAGAAAGCCUUCAGCUUUGACACAAAACUUACUAAGCAUGAAAUUAUUGAUUCUGGAGAAAGACCUUUCAAAUGUGAAGAAUUAGUGGAAACCUUUAGGUGUGACUCUCAACUUAUUCAGCAUCAAGAAAGCCACACCGAGGAGAAGGCUUAUCAGUGUACAGAGUGUGGCAAAGCCUUCAGUGUUAAUGAAAAAUUAAUUUGGCAUCAGAGAUUUCAUAGUGGGGAGAAACCCUUCAAAGGCGUGGAGUGUGGGAAAAGCUUCAGCUACAGUUCCCAUUAUAUCACACAUCAGGCAAUCCACAGCGGGGAGAAGCCCUAUCAGUGUAAGGUGUGUGGGAAAGCCUUUAGCGUUAAUGGGAGCCUAAGUAGGCAUCAGAGAAUCCAUACGGGAGAGAAGCCAUAUCAGUGCAAGGAGUGUGGAAAUGGCUUCAGCUGUAGUUCUGCAUAUAUUACACAUCAGAGAGUCCACACUGGGGAGAAACCUUAUGAGUGUAAUGACUGUGGGAAAGCUUUCAAUGUUAAUGCAAAAUUAAUUCAACAUCAGAGAAUCCAUACUGGAGAGAAACCUUAUGAAUGUAACGAGUGUGGAAAAGGCUUCAGGUGCAGCUCCCAGCUUAGGCAGCAUCAGAACAUCCAUACUGGAGAGAAGCCCUAUCAGUGUAAAGAGUGUGGAAAGGCCUUCAAUGUUAAUGCAAAACUAAUGCAGCAUCAGAGAAUCCACACUGGUGAGAAACCCUAUGAGUGCACUGAAUGUGGAAAAGCUUUCAGCGUCAAAGGGAAAUUAAUUCAGCACCAGAGAAUCCAUACAGGUGAAAAACCCUAUGAGUGCAGUGAAUGUGGUAAAGCCUUCAGGUGUAACUCCCAGCUUCGGCAGCAUCUGAGAAUCCACACUGGGGAGAAGCCCUAUGAAUGUAAUGAAUGUGGAAAGGCAUUCAAUGUUAAUGCAAAACUAAUGCAGCAUCAGAGAAUUCACACUGGGGAGAAACCCUUUGAAUGUAAUGAAUGUGGGAAAUGCUUUACUUCUAAAAGAAACCUAUUUGAUCAUCACCGAAUCCAUACUGGAGAAAAGCCCUAUCAAUGUAAGGAAUGUGGGAAAGCCUUUAGUAUCAAUGCCAAACUAACUAGGCAUCAGAGAAUACACACUGGGGAGAAACCUUUCAAAUGUAUGGAAUGUGAGAAGGCAUUCAGCUGUAGUUCUGACUAUAUUGUGCAUCAGAGAAUCCAUACUGGAGAGAAGCCCUUUCAAUGUAAGGAGUGUGGAAAAGCCUUCCAUGUUAAUGCCCAUUUAAUUCGACAUCAGAGGAGCCACACUGGGGAGAAACCCUUCAGAUGUGUGGAGUGUGGGAAAGGUUUCAGCUUUAGUUCUGACUGUGUUAUACAUCAGACAGUCCACACUUGGAAGAAACCCUAUGUGUGUAAUGUGUGUGGGAAAGCCUUCAGGUUUAGCUUCCAACUUAGUCAGCAUCAGAGUGUCCAUAGUGAAGGAAAAUCCUAAUAACAGUCCACACUUGUGUAAUGUGUGCUGGAAAGCCUUCAGGUUUAGCUUCCAACUUAGCAUCAGAGUGUCAAAUCUAAGAAGAAAGGUGUAGAAAACUCUCAAGGUUAAUGCCAAAAUGGAUCAAGUGUCAUCAGAUUCACCCUGAUGGAAUACUGAGAGGGAAAUGAAUAUGGCAAAGUUUUCACAUGGAAACAAAUCUUUUUUUUUUAAUUUUAUUUUUAAUCAGGAAAGGAUGACCAGUUAAAAAGAAACAUCCAAAAAUAAAUAGCUUUGUUUUGUACCAACAAGAAUUAGAAAAUAUAAUGAAAGAAAAUAUCCUGUUCUUAGCAGCAUCAAGAAAAGUAGAUUUUCUAGGAUUAAACAAUGAUCAUUGGCAGACCUAUAUGGAGGAAAUUAAAAGUCUCCACUGAGGGCCACGAAAGGGAACUUGAAAAAAUGGAAAGAGAAAUCUUGUUCUUGGACAGGAAAACCCAUAUAAAAAUAUUCACUCUACCUAAAUUAACUUAUUUCUGUUGAGUUUUUAAAAUAUAAGCAUGCAUUACUUUUG